AUGGGCGAUUUCAAGAUAUCUACCAUCCCAGUUUACAACCCACCCGGGUUUCCUUUCCAGGAUGACCAUCUCGAUGCGCAGCAGCGAACUGCGUGGUCCAAUACUAUCUCUGAGUGGAUAACCAACGAGAUUGACGCGCAGUACAGAGAUGACGAUGGAAACCUUCAGCGUCUUCCUGGACCAUGUGACGGAACUUUCCGCACCAAGUUGCAGCAGUUCUUCAACGGAACCGUGACGCCUUUCAACACAGGCCAGAAGCCGGCGCUAAUCGACUGGAUCGGGUUUCCUAAACUGAUCAAAAUCAAGGUGUCCGGAGACAUCCAGCGCUGGAAAGAGGCGGAUGAUCAUCGCGACCAACAAGAUGAGUAUUGCGAGUGGACAGUCAAGCGCGAUGACCAGAAGCGAAUCAUUUCCGUGACCUUCACAUGCGAGGGUCCAGAGGUACGUGAUAAAAUGCACUCCACCGGCACUGUUACCAGCUGCUCACUCUCGGCACCUGCACCGAUCCAGUAUUGGGCGUUCCUGUCGCAGCAUGAUCCUCAGAAGAUGCUAGAACUGUACAAGAAGAACAACCCCGAAUACGCCAGUCAGAUGAAGAUCGAAGACAUGUUCGUGGAUGUACGGGGACAGCAGGUCUACAAUCCGUACAACAAGUGGAACGGUGUUAUAAAAACGAAGCCCUCCUCCGAUAAAACCCUCACAACCGUCAACCCAGGCUGUAUCAUGCACCUAGCGCAGAGAAACAACACACUGAGCGCCGAAAUUGACAUUGCUGCCCAGGGAACAGUUGUACGGAAGGACAAGCAAGGCAAUGUCAUUACCAACGACGUCAAGUUGUGCAACUGUUCCAAAUACGGGGUGGCUACGAGGAAUUCAGACCCUAAGAUUGGUGCGUCCAUCAACGGCCUCGUACGCGGUGGGAACUCGGUAUCCAUUGCCGACCCUGUCGCUAUCUACAUGGUGGACUUCGAUUCUAGCUCGUUCAUGCUCGACCAGGAUGGCUCCGGCGAUAACCUCAUUCCGGUGCCUGAUGGAACUUUCACCUGGCAGCGUGGCGACAUCAACAAGAAAAUGGGUCUCAGGCUUCAUAUCCAGAUUCCAGAGGGACAAAUCGGCACGGGCGAGAAGCAAGGUCGUCAGCUGACGGUGACGGAUCUUGUGGACACGAGCAACAGCCAAAAUGUCAAGUACGGCGCGCAAUUUGCCGAUUAUAUCCACAUGGGUGUCAACGGCGUAGUUAUUCCGAAUGUUCCUGUCGCUGAACCCCAAGCGUGCCCCUGCGAUACAGAGAGAAACGGGAACGGGCACGCGACUGGGCAGCCCAUUCUCUUCACUAUGAUGGCGGAGUCGACGGGCAACACGGCUCAGAAGAUUCCAUUCAAAACUCGGGGCGAUUUUUGA